CGAGCAUGCGCCGAUGUACAGUCUUGGCUAGAUUUCGAAACUUGGAAAUACCAAACAGGAACAACCAAAAAUUUCCCGUGAAAGGAAAAGGAGACAGAUUUACUUCUGUAGCAUGUCUCCAAAGGAGACAGGAGGCUUAUGAUGUCUGAUAAGAACUUCAACAAGAAAAAGUUGAUUCAGACAAAACUCUCUUUCUUAUUACCUAAACCACCAAUUUCCAAAUCUUCUUCAACAGCAAGUAAUUCUGUACAAAUUCGUGGAUGUGGUAGUGGUCUUAAAAGAAAAUUUGACACAAUGAAAGAAGCUGAUGGGUGGAGUCACAUGGAGACUUAACACUGUCUUCUUACCAGGAAGUAGAUGAGAAGAAGUCUAAACAGAUUUCUGCAGAAAAAGAAACUGUGGUUUCUGUGCCCGAAAAAGACUGUCAGACAACAAAUGUAGGUGAUUCAGAAGAUAUGGAUGAGAUAGGAAAAAUAAAGGAAUACACAAGCCAAGACUUAAAUAGAAGUUUAUCUGAUUCUGAACAUUUGGGGGAUUCACAUCAAGAUGAAUAUACUGUCCACAAGGCAGGAAAUACUGGACCUGAUGAGCCAGAGUGGAGGGGAACACCACUUGUGGAUUUGAAAAAUUCUCACAAAUAUAAGCCAGCACUCUCAUCUCUUGAGGAAACCCGUGAUCACUCAGUGUUUGUGAAAUAUCCGUUCCAUUACCAGGAGGACACCCUGCCCACUCCUUACCCUCCUCAAUCCAAGGACAAGUGGGAUGGGCAACAUGUGCGCAUGCCAUUUUCUCAGCAUAACGAAUAUCCUCAAGAUGACAAAAAUGGAAGUGUACAGCUUACAAAACGAUGGAGUAUGAUAGAAAAAGCUUUAAGGCAAAACAUCAAAGGUUCCUUUGAGUUAGAGGAGGCCAUCUUGAGUUACAAUCAGCGUUAUUCCAACAAGUGGAAAUUCACAGCCUUCCAUUACUACUUUAACAAAACGCUGAAAGCUGACGAGAGGGAUACGUUUUUCAGUACAACCUUGAAACUUUUGGUUCGGCUGGCAUUGGAGCUGCCAAAACUGUGCACUAAGCCCAUUCCUUUGCUUAAGGCAGGGGAGAAGAAAAGCCUGACAUUCAGUCAGUUGCAGGUUGCUUCCUUGCUGGCCAAUGCUUUUUUUUGUACAUUCCCAAGAAGAAAUUCUCGUGCAAGGGGUACAGAAUAUGCCAGUUAUCCUGAUAUAAACUUCAACAAUCUCUAUCAUGCAGAGCCUCAUUCCAUUCCAAGAAAGGUCCAGAAGCUGAAAUGCAUUCUUAAUUACUUCAAUCGUGUUCUUCAUAAAUAUCCAACAGGACUUGUGACAUUCACUCGUAAAGUUGAAAAAGAACAUGACUGGAGCAAUGACCAGGAGAUGCUGACAAAGCUUCAUGUAUCAUCUUCAGGGACUAUUGAGGAUGAUGGCAAGGGCAUGUUGCAGGUUGACUUUGCCAACAAAUAUAUUGGCGGUGGAGUGUUGGGUCAUGGCUGUGUGCAAGAAGAAAUUCGUUUCCUCAUUUGCCCAGAGAUGAUUGUUGCACGUCUUUUUACUGAAGUCCUGGAGCCCCUAGAAUGUCUUGUAAUGACAGGUUGUGAGCAGUUUAGUAAGUAUACAGGCUAUGCUGACACAUUCCAGUGGGCAGGAGAUUUUGUUGACACCACUCCUAGAGAUUCAUGGGGUAGGCGCUGUACAGAAGUUGUGGCCAUUGAUGCUCUGGUGUUUCAUGGUGACUACAAGAAACAGUUCCAGCGUACCAAUAUACGUAGGGAGCUGAACAAGGCCUUUUGUGGGUUCAGCACUAAGGUUAUAGAGAACAGCAGAACAGCAGUAUGCACAGGAAACUGGGGGAUGUGGUGCCUUUGGAGGAGACAGCAGCUCAAAUCACUGAUACAGGUUGUGGCAGCAUCUGCUGCCAAGCGUGAUGUCUGUUACUUCACCUUUGGGGACAUGGAACUGACUGAAAGCCUGUAUGAGAUUCACAAGUUGUUAUGUGAUAGCAAUAGGACAAUCGAAGAAGUUGUGACUCUGAUGGAGAGGUAUUUGCACAGUAGCCACAGGCAUUCACUUUUUGAUUACAUUCGAGCUGUUCAUAAAGGCUACCAAGAGCAGAAUAACCUUCCAGACUGUGAUGAUGGCAGCCAUGAAAGUGGUUGGGAUAAUUGAUAUGACUCAGAGCCAGGAAAGUAGCUCAGGGCUACCACUGCAAAUUCUGUCA